AUGGCUGUGGCCUCGGCGGCGUUGGACGCGGUGGUGGCUCUCUUCUCGCUGAUCAUGGCCGUGGCGGCGCCGCUGUUCGACUCCCAGGUCGUCCUCCCGCUGAGCCUCUACCCGGCGCUGCUGGUGGACGUGUUCCGGUGGUUCAUCGCCGAGUUCGACAACUACAGUGUGGCCGACCGGCCGCCUUUCCUCCGUGGCCUCGUCUGGCUCGACCUCGCCUUCCUCUGGCCGUCUGCAAUGUUUGGGGAGAUGUUGGGGUCAGGGAAAGCAACGCCGAAGCUGCUUGGGUUAUACCUUGUGUUCGUUGUCUUUGCUAUAUCGCGCGUGGCCUCUGCUCCUGCUCAACACCGGCGGCAGGUCCAUCGUCGCCUGCACUUGCUGCGCGGAAGAAGAGGGUCUAGAUCCCUGAUUAGGGCUUUCAAAUUAUGGAAGUAA